AUGCUUAUCCAUGACCAGGAUUUGGAAUGCAUUUCGACUCUCAUCACACUUUCUCACCUGAGCCUGAUGUGCCAAAAUCCCAGUGUGCCUUCUCCUAUCCCAUCCAGUUUGGGUCAACAAACUAGAUCCAACACGACUAUUGAAGGACAGGAGAUUGAAUUAGUUCCCUUCUGCUUUGACUUGGCUCACCUUCUGCCUAAGUGUCAGCAGGCAGAGCUGCUGUUCUCCACUCUCAUUCAAGAUGUGAAAAUGCCCAAGAAGCCCAGAUCUCCAAGGAGAACCAUUCACUCACCUCGUGCAUCCCCUCAGAUGCAGCAAUCUGCAAAUGCUGUCCUCUUUGAUCUUCUCUUCUCAGAAUUGGCUUCCUUUUGUGACCGUGAAAUUGAGUUGUCCACCAUGGACUGUGCCCAAUUCCCCAACCUUGUCAAGCAGAGGGAGAGACCUGAGGACAAUGAUCAACCUCCUUUCUUCAUUCAUAAAGGAAAAGUUGAAACAGAAGGAUCUCCUAAGGCAGGUUCUAUUGAAUCAGACACAAGCACAAUGAAGGAUGCUUCAGAGAAUCCACCAAAAUGGCGUUGUUUCCUCAAGGGCAUAAGUCCCACCCACAUUGUCCUCAUCUUCCUCCCAGCCUCAUAUCAAGACCUCCUCAUGCUUGCUUUUGGCCAUGAUGGCUCUGGCCUAUGGGAGGACCUGAAGCACUUUCGUAAGGUGGUUCAAGGGAUCGAUGACCACACCAGUGACCGCCAUCCCAGUGGCCGCUCCUCUCGCAAUGCCAGUGUGAGCUCUAUUGCCCAGGCACAGACACAGGACACCUCCAUUCAGGAUGCUAUGCGUAGCAGAGCCAAAUCCGGUGGACCCUUUGAGAAGCGGCAUGCAAAGGAGAACGUUCCAGUGUCAGCUUUUGAUGACUUGGCCCUUCUGGAUCCACUUAGGCGCCAGGAAGGAGGGCUUCUCCGCUCUGUGAUUGCAGCACCCUGGGAGAGUCCAUCGAUGGUCAGUCGAGAGGAAAGUUUCACUUGUUCUUCAGCCGAUAGCCUCUCCACACCGUCACUCCUACCUGAGAGUCAGAAGUUUUGGGUGCACAGUACUUCCAGUUCUCCUCAGAAGCUCAGUCAGCAGGAAAGUACAGAGCAAAGUGAUAGUGUUUCUACAAAUCCUCAGGAUGGAAGAAAACUUACAGGAAGCGUGAUGUUACCUGUGUAUGUCUACGACUGCCCCCUGUCUGAUGUUAUUCGAUUCCUGACGUCUCGAGUGAUGGUGCUGAACCACAAAACUGAUUUAUUCCUGGAUCUCACAUAUAAGUUUGACUCAGAGUUGGGUGAAGAUGUGGUCCAACUUAAGGAAGAGGAGGAGGAGAGCAAGGAUAUAAAGAUGAAGAGCAACAAGGACAAGUCCCCCCCAGAGAGCAAGUUUCAUCUCAUUUGCCUUCAGGCAGGACGACCUGUCCACACACAAGAUAUCCAGGCUGCCAUUGAGAAUUGCGAAGAAUCUCCACUUCACAUUGAUCUCACUUCGUUCAUCAAGGCUAUAUGUGGGCACAUUAAAGAAUUCCUGCCAAAGCAGAAGAUGGCAGGGUUGAGGGAGGCCCAGCCAGCUGGUCAUUCCUCUCCAGUGAAGGGAAGCACCCCAAAGACCCUCCCCACAUCAAUUUUACCCUUGAGUUCGCUGCAGAAUCAAUGUGACUCCUUCCUUCAGCUGCAUUCCAUGAUCAAGAAGAAUUUUGCUUCCAUCCUGUGCACAGCCUUUCAAUCAGUCCCUUCAAACCCAAACUACUUUUUUUACUGUCCUCCUGGUCUGCAGAGUGGAGCUGAGAGUUUGAGUGAAUCCUUGGAGGAAUGUAAUCCAGAGGAGGAGCAAGGCAUACCCCCACUGUUUCUGCACCUGGUGUGCAUGUUGCGAUCUAAGGGCAACAUUGCCACCACUUCUGUCAUUGCUCCUCCUACCUGCCUUGUAGAUGGGUUGAUCAUCAAAGAUAUCUUGCUUUUCAGCAUUCCACCAGAAAGCCACAGAGGCCAAAUCUUGUCCCAUCUGCCAGAGUUCCAGCAGCAGGCUGUGAUCAAAGUGGUCGAAGAGGUGCACUGGUUGUUGCAAGAUGAGGUGGUCUCUUCCCUCUUGGACUCAUUUCCCUUGACCCAUGACACCCUCUGCCUGGUUGCAUCUCAUGUCCAGGCCUCACCUGGUCGAUCCUCAUGCAUUCAUCAAGCAAUUCCUCUACCUUUCGUGUUCGGGCCUGAGAAGAGCCUGGCUAAAUUCACUGAGGGAUUCCGGCACCUGAAAGUGAGGGACUUUCGCCUGAGUCUGCUGGGGGAUCUUUACUACCUGGCAAAAGACCCAGUGUUUGUACCAAUCCAAGUGAAUGUGCAGACACCAUCUGUGUCCUCAGCUGAGUGGACCCCAAUGUCUGGUUUUACCAAAUCCAUCAAGCAAGGAAUCCAACCUCUAGACGGUUUCCCUCCGUCUGUUUCAUCUGUGCAUCCACACACAGAUGAUGAGUCUGUUCUUAGCAUGGGAAAGCAGGCUUACGUGAGUGCUACCUUGGUGCCAGAAAUCCUAGGGGAACUGUGCCUCACUCCAAAACCAUCACUUGGUUCUCCCCAAAAUACCCCUGGAAGUCGGACUGAUGGAUCUCUGUUUGUGGAGAGUGAAGGCACCACUGACAUUGGCUACAUGGGAGACAGCAGUGAUACAGAGUCAGAGCAUGGAGUUGCAGUGGACUGGGAUGGAGACCUAGGGAAACACUCUCCUUCUCGUUUGCCACGCUUUUGGUUCAUUCUCAAAAUCCAACCUGAUCGUGUUGAGAGCUUCUUUCACUGCAGGUCAAGUGAAACAGACAGUCUGCAAGUGGCUGAAUGGAGGAAGAUUCAUCAUGAGGUGGUGACUGCCAUCAAGGACCUGUGCAAACUGGUAAAUCAGACAAUGCUCCUGCGAGACCUCCAUGACAGCCGCAUCUGCAAUCAGCUGCUUGAACCUGAGGCCAGUGAAGACAUCUGGCGCAAUGAGGAAACCUCUGUGACAGGAACUCCAGCACCUGAUCGAUAUGCAAGAGAGCGAUCUGUGGAAGAUGGGGAGAUAGAGAGUGUGAAUUACCUGGAGGCCAACAUGAAGUUUAUGCCAGGGGCCUUUGCAUGUCCAGUUGUGUGGGAAGUUCCAUUUUCUCUCCAUCCUCGACUGAAGAUUGGGCCAUCAACAACUGGCAUAUCUCGGGGCAUUAAGGCCCUUCGUGUUGUCCUCAAUGCAUUCUCAGUCAGCAAUCGCAAGAACAUGUUUGUCUAUCAAGAUCAGAUGGGAAAUGUGUUCUAUCUCAGAUUGCAGGAGAGUGGACGCAGCAGAUCUGGCAGUGCCACAGCUUCUCCCUUCACUGUACCACAUGAUGGACCACAAAGAUUCGGUGGAGGAGAGGAGGAGGAAAGGAAGCAUUCGGCAGUUUUUCGCUCGUUGUCUCUCACAUCAUCUAGUGGCACUCCACGAACUACUGAAUAUCUGGUGGGCCCUGCCAUCAAGCAAGAGCUGGUCCAGGUCCUGCAGAACCGACUGGAUGAAGCCGUUUUGGAUGUGAUUUCUGUCAUGCUCCUCAGGAAUCCCCAAUGCAAGCUGACACGAGAGGACGUCCACUUCAUUCAACGUCCAUUUGACCCCCCAACCUGCUGCUUUUAUUUCUCCAUUCCUGAUUGGACUCUCUUAUAUCUACCUGCACUGGCAUACUACCUUCAGCAGAAUCUUCUGCAGUUCCUGGCCACUCCUCGUUAUGUGACUUCCAAUGCAGGAUUUCAUUUCCAGGACUUUGGCCUGGAUGAUGGAGAUGACACAGGACCCUCAAAUGCUGGAAACAUAUUUCUCUUCAAUGAGAUGCAAACAACCCACAAUAAGGGAGUGGCAUGUGUGGCAUUGAGCAUUCUGGAUCCAAUGGGCCAGCCAGUGUGCCAUCAGGGGCCAUGCCCCCUACCAGCCCCAGAAGCCUACAAAGAACUUCUCACUCCUGAACUCUUUACCAUCCUCACAGACGUGCAUGAGAUCAAGGAUGAGAAAGUCCACCAAUGUUGCAUCACAUUCCGUAUAUGGGCUAAGGGACUGGUUGAUUUUACAAGUCUGUCUGACCGGCUACGGCUGGGUGUUCGUCAAGCCCUGUUUGAUCUCCUCAUGGAAUAUCGCAUCCUCACAGCCCCUCUUGCUUCAACCAGUGAAAAUACCAAGCUGCAGCCAGGAUCUCGCCUUCCUCCUUCCUCUUCAGAGCCUUCCACUCCUGUCAGAGUCAAGCGAAUGGUGUAUCCUCAGGCCACUUUGGCCUUGAAGGCAUCCAAAGAACGAGCUCCUUCACCUCUCAUUGCCCCACAGGGAGAGCAAGGGCUCCGAGAGAGGAGCCUGAGUGGGCCUGGGAUCCGCAAGUAUCGGCAUUCAGUGGAGAUCCUGCUGAAGGAAUUUGCAAGUCGAGCAUCUCAUGUGGAUGGUGACAUGGUCCUUGCCACUUUUGAACGGAUUUCCCAAAGAGACCAUUAUCUUCCUCGAAAGUUCACAUGGAGUGCAAAGGUGCAGACCAAUGAUGUUGAGAGCAUUCAUUCAGCACAAAGCCUUGAUGUGGUAAUGGUUGGGCGAAAUGCUCGACUCUGGUGGGCAUUAUUUGGCUCAGAACUUGGGGAACUCAAGAAUCUCACUGGUCUUGUUCACAAGGGGAAUGUGAAGUUUCCAUCACUGUGUCUGAGUGCAGAGACCAGGAUAGAGACUGGAUUCACGCCCUUAUCAGCCACCAGCCCCACUUCAACCUCUUCUUUUCCUAAUCGAUCCCCAUCCUGUGGGACAGACAAAACAUGUAUUAUCCCACGACAGAGCCUUGUAUUUGCACACCUUACAGGCUUGGAGCUGGUUGUGUAUACAUACAACUGGGCCAAGGACCACUGUGAGCUUCUGAACAAAUCCACAACACAGUUGUCUCAAUGGCUUGAUACCCGCACUUGUCUUCUCACUUCACUGGCCCUGCAAAAACUGGGAAUAUUCUACAAUCAACCAAUAUCACGGGGACUGCGGAAAGAUUCUGGCAUUUCCCAAGGAUAUGUGAGCAACCCACCUACGAUGUCAGAGGUGGAGCACUUGGUGAGGUACUCAGCACCUCCAGGACGCGAGCCAAGCCCACUGGUUGUUCGUAACAUACGCCGACCUACCCCCAAUCAGCACCACCAUGCUCAUCCACAAGGGAUGCACAAAAUGCAUAGUUUUCUGGAAUCCUAUCGCGAUUCAAAGCCUCCCCGUCCACUUCAUCGAAGUGGCUAUGCCAGCUUCCGGGACCCAGUCAUGCGUCAUGGAAGGCAGAUGCUGGAGAUGCGCAGUGUAGAUCGUAAAGAAUUGGAGAAGCAGUUGAGUGUGCUGGGCCAGACAAGAGAUGCACAUGUGACCCCCAUAUCAGUGGAUCUCCUCCAUCCAUUCAUGCAGAUGGCCCGACUUCCUCAUUACUGCAUGACCCCACUCCUCUUAAUUCCUAGGUGGAGGCAGAUCAUUGCCCAAGUGCGGAAUCCAUGGCUCGUCACCCAUGGAGAGGAGGAGCAUAAAACUGACCACUCACGUUCAAGGCACAGUUCUGGGAGUGGGAGAGUAGGAAGUGGAGGGAGUGGUGGAGGAGGCAGUGGAGGAGCAGGUCUUACCACAGUACCCUUGAGAGAUGAGUCUUGGCAUGAUGCCCUUGUAUCUUCCUUCUUCAAUGAUUACAUCCUUUAUCUACAACAACUCAAGGAUUCAAGCUUUGUUUUCAUCCCAACUCGACACACCUUUGCUGAUGAAGGGGAGGGCUAUGAUCCACGAGGCAAGACAUCUGGGAGGUUGUCCAGCCAAAGUGGUCAAGCAAAUCCAUUGCAGCUGGUGCCACGCAAGGACCAGGUCUUCUAUCUUCAGAGAUCCUGCCUGGGAGGACACCUCAUCAUGGAACUGGGGAUCAGUAAUCCAUACAUCUACAGCAAGAUUUAUGCUGUGGAGCUGAACCGCCUUCAGCCUCGGACUUCCCGUGCCCUGAGCCUCCAGUUUACAGUGAGUUUCCUGGAUGAGAUAGAUAAGAUCAAAGAUCAUCUCCAUCUGCACUCAUUCGCAUACGACUUCCACCUUCGGACUCUGUCAUCAUAUCUGACAGGGAAGCUGCCUUACUUUCGGCACAGUUACCAUGUCACAUCUUGCCUAGAUGACUUUAUUCAGUACUACACUAAGGGACCUGGGAACUCACGCAACCUCAUUUUUGCUGGUUCCUUGGUGAUUGAUAACACACUCACACCUGCUCUCCAGUUGUACAAUUACCUGAUGACACAUUGUGAGAAGAAAUACAACAUGAGAGUCAUCCGUGAGGCUCCCAUUAUCCAGGAUGAAACUGGAAGUGUGGACACAGAGUUUGUGCUGGUAGAGUCAACAGUUCGGCGAUUCAAGUACCAGGACAUGAAUGAGGUGAAACAGACAGGGGAGUUCGAUUUGACCAUCUUGAUUUGUCUGGACACAGAGGCCAUGGACCCUGAGAGCCAUUCCCUCUCCCUCAAGUUUUAUGUUCUCCUCACUAGUCACAAGGAACUCUAUCCCCGACACGGGAAAGAGAGGCUGGGGAGAUUUCGAACAGUCAGCAUUCCAUCAGCAUCCUUCAUGAGAAGUUCAUCUGGUCUUGGUUGGCGUAGUGAUGUGGGAAGCUGUCACUCAUCAUCUCCCUUCCUAGAGAAAAUCACUCUUGUAGAAGGAAGCCAGGAAAGUUUCGUUGACACUUCUCGACUUGAGAAUUUCUUCUCCUGUCAUGGCUAUCAAGGAAUUAGAUUUGAGCCAGUUCAUUACAUGGGAUACUUCUCAACCUAUGAAGAAGCAAUGCAGGAUCUCCUGAGCCAGCAAGUCGACCUUGCUCGACAGCGCAUCCAGGAGAUCGUGGAGAAGGCCACCAUCCACUGCCGUCGGGAUAUCCUCUGGGACAUGCUUGAGGCUAAGCCCUGCACUUUGACCCAUCAGGAGUUCACUGAGCUCCUUGCAUUGAUCACGUUGAUACCACUGAGUUCAUUGGAUGAUCAGCUUGGUACUCUGCUCAACAUGGGAACAUCCUGGUACCAGGGUCUGAGCUUGAGUGUGGCAUCCAAGGAACCCUUGAGCCAGGGCGAACUGAAGCGUCAGCAUCCGACCGAACGUGUCAUAUCAGUGGUUUCUCAGAUUGAUGAUUUUGUUGAUGCUUGCUGCUUUCAUCUCUGGUCCACUCUUCUAUAACUUCUAACAUCUCACCGAGAUGGUCGCAUGUCUUUCAUUCUGGUGUUUUAUUCAUUGUGUCAUUUGAGUGUCCAAUUGUUAAAAAAAUAUGCUUAAUGCAUUUCCAACUGUGAUGUGUUGAACCAUCACCAAGAUACUUUAUGCCUCGUUUUCUUGUCUGCUUGGUUGUUUUUAUUCAAACUUACCAGAGCUUUGAUGAAAUGGGUAUGCAAUGACGAGCUUAAAAAGUUAGAAGGCAUAAUAUUGCAUUGAUGGUAUUUUCUGUAUGG